UACGAAUCAAUAUUUGUUCAAGAUAUACGAGUAUAAAUAAUAAUUUUUUAUACUCAUUUUUGGACGGGUAAAUUUCAGCACAGAAAUCCGAAAAUAACCUCGCUAUAGGAUUUUGACUAACAAGCUGCACGAAGCCCAAAACAUGAAUAUAGGUAAGAAUAGCGAAUAUCAACUCUAUCUCAAGCUUUCAACGACGAAGAGGUCAUCUUAAGGCUUGGUGUGGGAUCGUGGCACGCUCUGGAGUCGAAACCAUUGUAAAUAAGAAAACACUAACAACCGAAGAAAAUCGCCGUGAGGAAGGCUUCAGCUGUAUCAUCCUACCUGGCAAGAACAUUUCACAAAGGUGUUACUUCUUUGGCACUAAACAUCACCAAGGAUAAUCAACAUUGUUGYUUUUCACUGCUGUAGAAGUAGGAACUGCUUUUUUUCAAAGACAGUAUAUUYAUAAAAUAUCUUUGUGAAUCAAAGAGAAAUUUCCAUAAAAGUCCAUAAAAUAAGUAUUUCUUUCAUACUCAAGCCGCACAUAAACAUUUCCAAAGAGAACGGAGGACUUGAAAGAGGCUGACUCUGUAGGAAUUGCCUUCAUUAUACGCGAAGGUUCUUUUAUAUAACCAGAAGCUGAAAGUUUCCCAACAAGCUAAAGCUACAUUCACAGCUAUUCUUCAAAUAUCGACUGAAAUUGAGGGAAUUUGUAACUUAAUUUGCUUUACAUAGUCCUACUUUAAAAGCAACAAAACAUCACACACUGAUAUAAGAUAGAAAAUAGGAAAGUGAGAAUUUCACCGUUUCAAUUUUGGAUAAACAUUAUGUCGCCGCGGCAACAACAUACAAAAUAUUGAASAUUAUUUUAGAACUAAGAGAAGAGUUUUUCACCUUACCAUCUGUAUCUCCACCUGUCAAACUGUUCGAAAAAAAUUAAGAUAACCUAACUAUACUUAAAAACAAGCCUAAGUAUUUCCAACAAAAACUACUGGCCUCCAACUGGUAAUAGACUAAAUUKUCGAGAUAUAUGCAAUAAUUUCAUGCAAGUUCAAUUUAAAAACACUUAAAGUGUCCUCAAACAAAAGRAAAGGAAGCUMUUUGAACAAACAGCAAGAACAAGCGGAAAAUAACCCAUUUCUAUUGAAGUGGUUCAGCCGGAUGAUAUUCACAACAAGAACUUUAAACAACUGAAGUCAUGAAUAUUUAAAGAUGAAUUCAAUAAGAGCACAAACUCUUAAGAGUAUUGGACAUUCACMUCGCUUAUCGCAAGAUUAGAUUGUUAAAUUUGGAGGAUUAUUUGGUUUCAUCCGMAUUUUCGUGUCGUUUGUAUAUAAAGUCACUUUAUCUUUUAAUUUGUCACCAAUUCAUUGUUGGAGCCCCAGUAGGAUUGCUUUAAUUUUUAUCUUUGUGCUGAGUGACAAAACAGAUGCAAAUUGAAACAACCAGUUUUCCGAUUGGCUCCAAUUGGAACUUCGCAUUGUGCUGAACACGAAGUUUAAAAUCUUCCCUCCAUCAUUUCAGAAGAAACUCUGGAUCAAUUUUUAAAGAGACUAAAGUGGCAGUUGAAGCAAAAAAAAUUGGAUUCACUUGGAAAGAUUGCCUGCCUUAACGGACCUAUAACGAAUACUGACAGUUUUGUAAGCAAUUAUUGGCCGAAGGCAAUUUCACUUUGGUAACAAGAGAGUUAGAACAAGAAACAUUGUUAUGAAAUUGAGUUGUCGYAGAGACAAAAGGCCACAGGAAAAUAGAACCUCCGGAGUUUUUUAAAAGGAAACAAUCUUUGAGCAUCUGCAAGUGCCUCCAUUUCGACAGCAACAAAGAUAAAAAAAUUGAUUAGCUUUGCGGAGGACUUCAAAAAGAAUCGUCAGUUACUUCAUAAGUCAMGGCGRCCCUUUAGCAUAAACAUACAACGCGAUCAUUUCACAACCAACAGCUCGAAAGGUGAUCAAUUUCGUUUUAGUCACGGUUUUGUAUGAUUGUUAUGUAUAAAUAGCAGAUGACUUGGUGUUGAAAUUGGAAAAGAAUCUGGAGAUAUAGUACGUCACAUCAAUAACAUUUGUGGGUAAACAAAUAUUUGGUAGAAAAAAAAAACAAUCAGARCUUCCUGGAAAUCCUUGCUGGACUUGAUUUUGAUUGAAGCGUAUUUUGGGAGGAAAAAGCAGAUUUCUAUUCAACGGAUCUUGCAAACAAGACUUCCAUUUCGACGAAAAAGGCAUUGAAAGGGUUAAAAUGAGCGAAAAMGACUGCGAUCCAAACCUUCCUUUCAUUCAGUACAUUGUGUUCGUUUUCCUGGAAACCCUGUCUGGACCUCUAGCCAUUGUUGGAAAUGCSAUCGUUCUGUAUUCCAUUGCUAAAACCCCAAGCCUUCGUAGUAUAUCCAACAUGUACAUUGCUUCUCURGCCUUGGCAGACUUCAGCGUAGGGCUAUUCAUGAGCCCGAUUUACAUAGCUUUAACWACCAUCRGAGAAUGGGUMAACUCUUCUCAUCUUCUMUACAAGCUAGAAAACUUUCUUUGGAUUCAGACUUUAAUUGCCACAACGCUGAGCUUGUGUGCUGUUAGUAUUGACAGGUACUUGGCUGUGACUGCGGUAUUUCGGUACCAACAGAUCGUWACCAAGACCAGGAGUAUCGUUAUAAUUGGAGUAGUAUGGUUUAUCUCAUUUAGUUUCGCUUCAGCAAGCCUUGUGAUAUCAUCUKCAGAGGAAGCAUCCAUACUAUGGGUGAGCUGUCUCAUCUUCACCGUGAUCCUUCCAGGAUUUGUUAUCGGAUACUGUUACUAUCACAUUUUCAAGGCUGCAAACAGGCAAAUCAAAAUGAUAAGCCAUACGUCAAAGUGCAUCAACGCUGCRGAAACGCUGCGAAACCGCAAAACAGCCGUAACCAUUGGCAUYGUCAUCGGGAUAUUUUUGGUGAUGUUUACACCAAAUUUCGUCUUUUCGUGGGUUGAGUUGGCGACYAAAGAUCSAUGCAGAAAAAUGUUAAUCUAUAGAUACUGGUUAUGGGCCAUUUGUGUCGUGUUUGCAAAUUCUGCAUUGAAUCCGUGGAUAUAYGCAUUACGGAUGAAUGAAUUUAAGAUGGCAUUUCGACGUGUUUUGUUUAGAAAGAACGCUGUUAGGCCAUCACGAAGCCUUUCUUUGAGAAGUGUAUCUUUAAGGGCUUGAUAUAGAUAGCUUGACAGUAUCAUUGUGAACAUGUCACGCCACACGUCACA